AUGGCCGAGUCUGAUACCGUUGUCUCUAUCGCAAGUGACCCUGCGUCAUCCAAUCCAAAAAAGAACCCCAAGGCGAAAGAAGAAAAGAUUGGAAUAACCUCUCAUUGGAUUUUCAUUAUCUGGAGCUGGUUUCUACUCACCAUUCCCCUCUCAUCACUGACAGCUGUCUUCCUCGCACUGGUCUUUAGCUACCGGGUUGGACAUGGAGACUCCCCAUUUGAAAAUCUCCGCGUGGGCCUCGCGACAGAAAGUUCAUCAGAUGCGUACUACGUGAAUAUGAAUUCGAGUAUUCUACUAUUUGUGACCUCAUGGGCUAGUACCUUGGCUCCUAUGCUGUCGGGCUUUCUCAUCACGCUUGCGUCGUUUCCCAUCGCAAGAAGGUACCUCCAGGACAUACAACAAGGACGUUUCGAACGGCUGCCUACUCCAUACCAAAUGACGCUCAUGCUCAAGUUCUUUGAAGGGGGCACUCUCGGAGCGACCUGGAGCUGGAUUGUUUACCUCGUCUCGUGGAAAAAGAAGCGCCAGCCUCAGACUUCCACACUGUUCUCAGCCGCUUCUGUGGCUUUGCUAGCGACAUUACUUGGAGCGUUGGUUUCCUUGGCAGAUACCUGGCUUCACUUGACUACGACGACAGUCUCCUUCACUCGUGCCACGGCCGCCACGAACAAUACCGACUACAGCUUCGGCUUGACCCCUCAGUGUUUGAAAGGCAACAAUUCAGUCGCAGCACAGGAAGAUACUGGCCUAUGCAGUGUCUCGAUGGCUGUCACAGGUCAAUUCCUGGCAAAUGCAACCGUCAGUCUCGGCGUGCUAAACAACGUCUCUGAUUUUGCGACCGUGUACACCUACGACAACAACAGUACGAUGUACAGCUACCUAGGAAUACCGGAGGGCACGGCCUCGGUGACCGACCGGGAUUACGAAGCUCAAACAUAUGGUGCUGCGACACAGUGCGAGAUGUUCUCCAAAAGAUGCAACCUGACCGAAGUGACGACCUCUCUCCGAUACAACUGCUCGAGUGCCUUUGCUGGCUUCAUCGACUCCACCGAAUUAAUCACGGGCUUUUUUACAGACUCCAGCAUGACAACUGACAUCGAAGACAACGAGACUUCCAACUAUGGCACAGGAAACCCAUUUUACUACGUGAUCGCCGGCGUACUAAGUACUUCUGGUGGGACCGUCCCCAACUCGACAGAAUUCGUGCAGAACGAGUCGGGCGUGUAUGGCUACGUCCUGGGCUGCAACACCACGAUCUACGACAUCAUAUACGACCGAGUCAACAACUCCGUGACCCGAUUUGUACCCACCGACAGUAACACCUCGGUAUCCAACAUCUGGCAGACGAGCAUCGCGCAGACCGUAGACUGGGAACCGUCUAUCGAGCUGGAAAUCGGGGCAGCCGCGUUCAGUCAAACGGGCCAGGAGUUCGCAGACAAGAUCGCACAGUCGUUCAGCAAGGUGAUCUUGGCCCUUGGAGCAGACGGGGUUGAAUCGCGCCCAGCACUAGCAGCGCAGCAGAGGGAAACUUCUCUGGUAUCGCGGGUUCCCAUGGCUCCACUCUUCACCUUGGUUGCGGUGAAUUUCUUGUAUGUCAUCGUGGGCUUGAUUUUUGCGGGAAUUGCUAUCAGAACCGCUCAGGGAGCAGUCCCUGAUGUUCAUGCUCGGCUUGGAAUCUCGGGCCUCGUAGCAGAUCGGUUUGAGGAACCCGGAUCGCGCAAGGAGGUCCAUUCUGUUGAUGAAAUGUUCGAGGAGUAUGCUGGACAUCCGAGCCGACGGGUGGCUGUGGAGCCGGAAACUGAGGAUGGGGUGUACGUUUUCAAGAGUUGGGAUACAUCUAGAUCGAGUUCGGUGGAUGUGAGGGAAGGCUCUGUGGCGGUAGAGAGAUCUGGGCUGAGUGGCGAGAGUGCUUGA